AUGGAGAAGCUGAAAGCGGCAGUCCCGGAAACUCUAAAGCGGAGAAUCGCAGAAAGCUCACCGGAUGACCUCCCAUCGACGUCAUCAGACCUCCUCCGUUUCUUUCAUCGCCUUCCACUCUUUCACCAAGUUCUUGGGGAUUUGACUGGCUUAGAAAGGGGUCUGUGUAGAAAGAAUGAGAGGGAUGCUUUGGAAACAAAGCUUAAAGGCAAUGAUUGCUUCUCCAGGGGAGAUUUUUCUGAGGCGGUGAAAUUAUAUACCAAGGCAUUACGGUUUGCUCCUAUAGCUGUAGAUGGCGUGGUGAAGGAUGUAGUUCCGGUUCUAUAUGUUAAUCGUGCAUUUGCACUCUACAAAAUGGGUCUUCUGGCGGAGUCCGUACGAGAUUGUAGCAGGGCUUUAUCAAUUUUUCCUGGCUAUGCGAAGGCAUGGUUUAGAAGAGGCAAAUCCAAUGCUUCUUUAGGUUAUCAUCUUGAUGCACGACGAGACUUUACUGUUUCGUUAAAGUUAGAAGUGUCUUCAAAUGGCAAGAGACUCAUAGAGAAUGAGAUGAAGAUGGUAGCCAACCUGUAUAAGCAAAAAAACUAUCCACCACAGCGAUACGAGGGCUGCAGAUUAGAAAUUUGUGAUGAGCCUCUCCAAGUAGAACUUCAGUGCGUCUCUAAAAUAACCAAGGGAAGGGGAAUGAUUACAGUGGCUGAAAUACCUGAAGCAUCUUUAAUUCACAAGGAAGAUCCUUAUGCUGCGAUAGUAUUGAAGCAUUUUCGGGAAACUCAUUGCCAUUUCUGCUUCAACGAAUUACCUAUGGAUCCAGUAGCUUGUUCAUCUUGCUGUAUACCAUUGUACUGCUCUCAUCUAUGCCAAGUGCAAGCUGGAGGAGAACACUUACUUCCAACUGCAAGGGAUCUUCCCAUUGAUAACUUACCAGAGGAUCUAAAUAACUAUAUUUCAAAUGUCAUUUCAGUUCAGAUUUCUAGGCCACAAGUCAAGAAAUUUAUUGAACAUGUCCAUGAGUGUCAAGGUGUGCAUUGGCCUGCUGUAUUGCCAUCUGAUGUAGUUUUGGCUGGUCGAGUUCUAGCAAAAUGUAUUGAGCAACAAAGGCAUUCUGGGUUGAAGUUUAGCCUUUUAGGAAUUUGGGACCUUUGCCACAACUAUGCUCAACUACCUCCAGAUGAUAAGUUCGAGUUCCAUAUAUAUUCAAUUAUAUUGAUGAACUGUCUUCAGGAUUCUUAUGGUGCUGAGCUUCCGAUCAAUGAAAAUACUAAUUCACAGCUUAUUUUGCUAUUAUCUCAAAUUCGAGUUAAUUCCAUGGCAAUCGUACGUGUGGCUUCCUUUGAUCUGAUGGGAUCUUUUAAUCAGCAGCCUGAACUGUCCCUAGCUGCUGGUGCUUCUACUGCUGCUGUGAAGCAGAUCAGAGUUGGUCAAGCGGUUUACGCAGCCGGUAGUCUGUUUAACCAUUCUUGCCAGCCAAACAUACAUGCAUAUUUCAUUUCUCGUACUCUUUAUGUUAGAGCUACAGAGUACAUUGCAAGUGGAUGUGACCUCGAGCUAUCUUAUGGCGCACAGGUAGGACAGUGGAACUGCAAGGACAGAAAACAGUUUUUGGAGGACCGGUACUCAUUCACUUGUGAGUGCAGAGGUUGCUCGAAACUGAAUUUGUCAGACCUUGUUCUUGAUGCUUAUCGGUGUGAUAAAACAGAUUGCUUGGGGGUAGUCCUAGAUAUUGAUGUAGCCAAAUAUGAGAAUCAGAAGCUUUGCUUCUUCAAUUUGGACCCCAAAAGCCACGUUCUCAACACUCUUGAUCAGGUUGACAAGUGUGACAUUGAUGACAUCAGGAUGGUGGCUAGCAAAGUGUAUGGAAACUCUUGUUCAGUCGAGCCUGGGUAUUGUUUGAAUUGUAAUACCAAGCGUGAUCUGGAAGCCUCACGUGCGGCAGUAAGAGAAGCUGAAAUUCAUCUUAGAGGGUUGCAGGAUGCAAUUUCUUCCAAUGCCAUCCCUAAUAAUUCACUCCUAGAGACUUGGAGAUAUGUUGAGCCCCUUACAAAGAUAUUUCAUCCUUUUAACAAGAGAGUAGCUGAGGUGGAAGACACUCUUGCUCAAGCAUCUUGUUUGGUUGGUGAACUGCAAUCUGCUAUGGACCAUUGUCAAAAAUCUAUCGAGAUAUUGGAAAAGCUCUAUGGUUCUAAUCACAUUGCCGUUGGAAAUGAACUAUUAAAACUCGUAUCCAUUCAACUUGCAUUAAGAGAUGCCACUGCUGCGGACAGCCUCAAUCUAGCUACUGCAAUAUUUGCCCGCUAUUAUGGAUCGCAUGCAAGUCUCGUAUUCCCGCUUCUGCAACAUCUUAAGGAGGGAGUUUGUCAGACUCAAUGA